AUGCGGCGUAGUGUACACUGGAUGCAGGCAGGAGGUCUUGUGAAAUUAAUUCAAGCGGUUAGCACAAGUCGUAUUGAAUUGUGUGCGGAGGAUAUUUACAAAAUAUGUGCACUACUCAAAUCAAAGGAAGAUACUUUAAUGCUGCAGAGAAACCAAGCUUUUAUUCGUAGUAUUCACAAACAAUAUCAAAAUAUAGAUCCAGAUACCGUAACUCCUUUUCAGCGGACGUUUAUUGAUGGAACCUUUGCAGCUUUUCCAGAUACUGUUUGUGAAUUAUCUUCAUCCUCAUCAUUUUCAAGAGAAGUAGGAGUAAAUGGAAAACAGAUGGAUACAACAUCUACAGAGACGAAACAACAAGAAGGGGAUAAAAAUAACAGUCAUAUUGUUUCACUUGAAAACAAUAUUACUACUAAGAAAGGAUCCAAUCUCUCAACAACAUCUGCUGAUGAACCUUCUAUAGAGGAACGUAUUUCCGCAAUAUGGGAGGUUGUACAGGAGUAUCAAUCGAGUAAUUUUCUAGGAACUGAUGGGAUGAAGAAAAUUCAAAAACAUUGCAAGGCAUUAGAAUUACAAUUACGACAAAUUAAACCUUUUGAGAUUUCUUCUCUUGUACGAGCAUUAGCUACAAUUCAUUAUCAAGAUUAUUCCUUCACGAAUCUCUUAACUCGUAGAAGCUGUGAAGUUGCCUCAAAGUUAUCGCAAACAGAUCUUUGUAGAACAUAUUUCAAUCUUAGUAAACUACAAAGUCAUGAUUCAAUGGUGGCUUUUGUAAAUCAGAUUGAGAUUCAUAUGGAAAAACUUCACCGUGAACAAAUACACUUUGUGGCUAUGGCACUUGAAAGACAUCCACAAAUCUCAUCUGCUCCUGCACGUAUGGUGCCAAAACUCCUACAACGAGCCGUCGUACAUCUUAAUGAGAGUGAUAAUGCAACAUAUCAUAGAGCUUUAUUAGUAGUGGCUGCACGAUAUAAUUUACGGCGUCAUCCUGUUGUUGUGAAAAUAUUUUCGGAUACUUCUAGACAUUUGGAUAAAAUUGUGGAUCGUGAUUUACUCGCGAUAUUACAAUCUACUAUAGAUCUUGGUAUUUCUGCUAAUACUCCAGGAUUACCGGAAUUGUUGGAAAAGACAGAAUCUAUCGUACCUACAGUGGAUAUCCGUCAUGUGGAUGCACUUAUGGAUAUUCUCUCAGUAUUACCAAUUGAUACUGGAAGCAUUAUGACAAAAUUAAUGAAUCGCUUAGAAGUAGAUGGAGGAAAACUUUCCAUACCACAAUUAGUGUUUAUAUUAGACCUUCUUUCAAGUUAUCCUCCAGCAAAAGGUAAUGCUUGUAUUGUAGGACUUGCAUUCGCUGCUUCUCUUCGUGCAGAGUCCUUUGAUGGUGAAGCGUUAGAACAAGUUAUAUUAAAUCUUGCUCAACUGCAACACUUUACAGAUGAUUUUUAUACACUGGUGAUCGUUCUGCAAAAUAACAAGGGUGGAUUUCGUAGCUUUGAGAAAUUAGCCAAUUUAAUGAAGAGUUGUACACAAGAAGUAGUAGCCGAUAGGAGAGGGCAAGAGAUGAUUACAAAAGGAAUAUUAGGAUUGGCCCCUUCUUUAAAUGAUGAAGAACUUGCUGAGGCUCGUAAACUCCUCACGAAGCUUGGUGUUACAGAUAAGAAUGUUCAUCAAAUGAUCUUUCGACGUGCGAAACAGUUACAGCGAGAGUCGGGAAGUCGCUGGUCUCGACGUGGAUAUGAUCCUGCUGAUGAUUUCACAUAA